AUGUCAAUUAGAAAAGGGCAAGAUGAAACGUCGCUCGCCCGGGAGCGUAAUGCAAACUAUCUUGGAGCUGCGAAGGUGAUGCUCUCUGACAUUCAAUUUGACCCACCUUUACCUCGAAAUCUCAGCCAGAAAAAGCUCGACCGCUUGAAAAACAUCUUCUAUGAUAAAGACUGUGACCGGCUAAAUAUACAUAAUCGAGUCCCGGGGGUUAUAUCUUCCGAGGAAUUCCGUAUCGCCACCCAAAGUCAUGGGCUAACGGGCGAUGACCUCAAACAUGCAUCGUCGGACAACCUACCAACCCUCCAAUUCGCUACGGAGCAAUUGAAAGCACUCCAUGGGCGGCAUAGAAUCCAGGUAGCAUCUGAGUUCCUCUUUCCAGGUGACAAAUGGUGGGUGGUGGACUUGUACGCUGACGAGAUCGGCCCUAGACUACGGAAUGCCCUGAUAGACGAAUACUCUUACGAAUCUGCACCCACGGAUGGGGAGAUCUAUCGCAAAAUUAGGCAGUACGAGACCGAGGGUGAUGCCCAAUUCAGACAGCGAUGGUUUUCGCGACUCUCAAGAACAAACCAAACCCGAUUAGAUCAGCUUGACAGCCGAAAGAACAGAUGCCUUCGAGUUGCCUUCGAUGACCUACUCCCUGUCACGGGGCUGUGGAGGAGUGGGAUGAGAAUCAGUUUGAUUUCCCGUCUCGUCGCUGCCGAAUGCCGAGAGGAAUUAACCAAUUAUCUACAUACAAUAAAAAUGUUCUGGUUCGGGUGUAUAUCGCAAGACCCACUGGAGCUAGAAAAAGUAAGCUCGGAAGAUGUCGAGGCGCUUCAGCUAAAGCUUCCUCAUCUGGAUAGCCCGGAGAGCAGUAAUAUCCGUACCAUGAUAAUAGAUGGCCGCAUAUUCUCUUCCUUUACAGAAUGUGAGAGAGAGGCUAUAGUGGAACGAAUCAUAAAUAUGGAUGUUUUCAUUCCUUCACUGCACAGUUUUUUCGAGGAUUUCAAAUUGCUUGAAUGUUGGUCAAAUUGUAUAAAGCGACUUUGCCCUCCUGUUCAAGAUUCAAUCCAAUUGACACUAAGAUAUAUGUUCAAUGCUACCGAUCUUCAGGAGCAGUAUUCGAAGAAUGGGCGCAAUCCAUUCCCAAUUGAACUUGGACAUAAUGAUAUUGCAUACGCGAAUUUGAAGAUCAGUGACUCUUUUGACAUUGGAUAUCGCCAACUGUGGCUCUAUAGCGUUCGAAACUAUCAUAGGAUGCCGCCGGAGCCAAUCAAGAAAAGCAGAUUGCUCGCAACUCCGAAUCGAGGGGAGGCGGACUAUCAUACCGUGUAUAAUAUGGCUAAACUAGCGGAAAGACUUGGCUUCCAGUCAAAGCAGAUUCAAGACAUCUUGAAUGACCCGCCGGAUCGAAAGAUUGCCUACAAUAUGCUUCUCAAGGCAAGAGAUCCUUCGGCAUUCAGAUACAACUCUGCAAAAGUGGAAAAAUUCAUUGACGUAAUAGUCAAAUGUUUUGAUAGUGCAAAGGCGAUUCGUCCAACCUCAUGUGCCACGCCUAUUCCUGGACCUGUUCACCGGUGUGGGAUUCAACAGACUGAUGCUCAUAUUGGCAGCACAAACAUGCUUUAUGUCACCAAGAUAUUUGGCCCUACAGGUAGGAUGACAAAAGAGCCCUUGAGAACUGAACAGGUCUAUAGAUGGGUGCUGAAGUGCUUCUUUGGGCCCUGCGAUGCUUUGGCAGAUGUGGAAAUUCUGAGGCCCACCACACGUAACUUGAAAAGAAAACAUAGUACAGAGAAGGUCAAACAGGAACGUCACUCUAAAAAAAUGCCCAGAUCGACAGAAAAACAAAAGCCAACACAGAAUAUUGACUAA